AUGGUAUCCUCCACAAGAUCGGCAGAAAAGAACGGCAACGCCGCCGACAGCUCGGCAGACCAAGCCGCAGGGACUAAGCAUCAGAUUGAUGAGGAGUCCUCACCUCAAUCCAAGAGGGUCAAGAAGACGGAUGCCAAAGAGCAAAAGACAAUCGAGGAGACCUUAAAUGCCAAUAACAAGCCAGAGGACAAGCCAAACAAUGCCGAGAAUACAGAGUCUACGGAGGAUUCAAAGGAGACGAAACAAGAAGAAGAUGAUGAUGGUCAAGGCGUAGCAGAUAACCAAAAUGGAUCUGCUGAGGAGCCGAAAGCUCGGGAUGGCGCCGUGCCCGCUAGUAUUCUUGAGAAGGGUAUCAUCUACUUCUUCUUCCGUGGCCGUGUUGGAAUUGAUGACCCCAGCAGUGUCAAUGACGUCGCACGAAGUUAUAUCAUUCUUCGGCCCAUUGAUAAGGAUGCCAAGCUCGGCGAAGGCACUAUUGGUGACGCCGGAAACAGCCGUCUGAUUGCGAUUCCCAAGAAGGUUCUUCCUCUCAGCGGCAAGGAUAAAUGGAUUGCUUUCGUGGAGAAGUGCGACAUCUCUUUUAACACCCUCAAGGACGAGUUCCUCUCCGCAUCCGAUUACGCUACCAAGACUGCCGGAGUUCGCCAUAGUCCUGCUGCAACACCGAUCGGCGAGGGCAUCUAUGCCAUUACGACGACCGGUCGAGAGAACCACCUUGCCUACAUACUCACUCUGCCCAAAGAUCUUGGUGAGCUCCAAAGUGAGGUCGGCUUGCGGGAGCGAGGAAGCUUCACCAUUUCGACUAGGAACCCAGAUUACGAUGCGCCAGGGAACGUUGCCCUCCCACAAGGUGCUGAAUAUCCAAAGGAGGUCAAGGAGGAGUUCCGCUCUCUCCGGUGGGCGGCUACAAAUCCUAAGCACCUGGAUUACGUCAAUACGCAGUUCUUACUCAUUGGCGAGUCCGGCGGCAUUGAGAAAGCUACUGAGCCCCAGAGCGAGGACCAGCAGGAUGGCAAGACCGAACCGCUCGAAGAAUUGGAGAAGCUAGAGGAUGAGGAUACUCAUAGAAUGGAGGAUCUGAAGGGCGAUGACUCAGCUGCCAUCUAUGCAGACUUGGAAGUUCAUGCCAAGGAUUACCCAAAACUACAAACAACCUUUUAA